AUGGGCCUGUGUCCGCGGCAUUCCGUUACGGAAUUUUGGUUCGACGAAAAAACGAAGGAGUCGGAAAUGACCGUAAGAUGCAAAGGAAAAUGUUUCCAUAUAUAUUUAUCGCCUGGCAACUUCCGUGACUCUCCAGCUAUCCUAGAGGAGUACCUUCGAUUCGCUGAAGCUAUUGAGACAGACGGUGACCCUGAUGGCCUACAAGACUGGGCGCUACAACCAUUCCUUCCGUUAUUCAGCGACACCGAGUCGGCGUUGGGGAAAUCCCAGUUAUUCACACUCCAUGACUAUCUUAAUAUGGAAGCCUUUCAUUAUUCGCUUCGGGCUGCCAAUAACACCCUCACUCCUUUCCGGGACUUUCAAGUUACACCAACACCAAGAUUAGAUGGAGUCGAUCUGGGCGACUAUGAAUUCCGCGUACGAUUGCUCUCAUUCCAUCCAUCGCAAGUACAGAUUUGCGCUGCUUGCCCGGAAAAUGCACUUCUCACACCCCCAGAGAAAGUACUUGUGGAUGGAAACAUGAUCUGCUUCUUUAAGCCCUUGGGUGCAGGUGAGAAGCGAAGCGCUCUUCGCGAACUGGAGAGCUACAGACGCAUAGAAGAGCUGCGAGUGGACCGGAGGCUGCAAGUUCCCCGUCUGUGGGGUCUAGUCCGGGACGACAAAAACUCUCGAUGUUUAGGGCUCUUAUUGUCUUGGGUCGAAUGCCGACACAUGACAUUAGAAUCCGCCUUGCGGUCCGACGACUCGUUUACUCUACGGCAGAAGUGGGCAGGUCAAUUAACUGCCACGUUGAAUCAUUUACAUCGGGGUGGGGUGAUCUGGGGUGAUGCGAAAGCUGCUAAUGUUUUGAUUGAUGUAAAUAAUGAUUUAUGGGUUAUUGACUUCGGAGGCGGAUAUAGUCAGGGCUGGGUUGAGAAAGAGAAAGCAGAGACAAUUGACGGGGACAAGGAAGGUUUAUUGAAGAUUAGAAAUUUUCUUUUCCAGCAGAGCUAG